AUGAAAAAACUCUUAAAGAGUACCGAUUUUGAUGCUGUAGUAUAGAAAUUGAAUAUUCACUGCAAAACUAAGAGCGAUGAUUAUUCCUUAGACUUGGAUCCAUUCUAAAAAAUAAAAAAUUCCUCUCCUAUGAUUUUCGGUGAUUAUUGCCAUACAAACAUACCAAUUCAAUUGUAACUAUCUCCUAUUGACAUAAAUCAAAAAAGUUACAUUUCAUUACUAUCAGAUAAUAUUGACUUUUCGGUUAAAGAUAAAAAAUAAGGCAAUAACUCAAAUUAAUCUUUGGAACGUCCUUAAUGUGAAAUAACAUAGCGCAUUCAUUCUUUCGUUUAAAAAGAGAAAAUUAUCAAUGAAGAAUAAAGCAAUAUAAAUAAAAGAUUGAAGGAAAUUCGGCAGAUUUAUGUCAAGAAGUUGGAACAACUCGACGAAUGUAUGUGA